AAUUUUCAGUUGGUGUUGAGCGCGGCAGCGAAGGAGGGGGAGGGAGGCAAAUCGGAGACGACGAUGGCGAUGGCGAUGGCGGACUUGCAACGGAGCUCCUGCCGACGACCCUCGUACUGCUUCACGCCGUCGGCAUCUCAGGACGGCAGAGCUUCGCGUCGCAUUGAAGCUGUAGCACGGAAAUGCCAUUUUCUUUUAUUGAUAUUCAUAGUGUUGUUAUUGAGGGAGUAGGGUGCCAGAUUGGGCAUGUCGCGCGGGGGGGCUUUACUUAGUCCCUCGCUAUCGUCGGACUCUGUUUAUCUUUGCUUCUAGGCUAGGUCGCUCCUCAAUCUUCUGACGUCUUCGCCAUGCUACUUCUGUUGCUGCUUCUCGUUCCUUUCGCUGCCUGCGAGCUUAUCUUCCAAGAGCGUUUCGACUAUGGUUGGGAGAGCCGCUGGGUUCAGUCGGAUUGGAAGAGAAGCGAAGGCCUCAAUGGGAACUUUGUGCAUACUGCUGGCAAGUGGUAUGGAGAUGAAAACGACAAAGGAAUUCAAACAGUACCAGACUCACGUUAUUAUGCUAUCUCUGCAAAAAUUUCUGAGUUUAAUAACAAGGGCAGGACCCUUGUACUCCAGUACCAAGUCAAACAUGAACAGAAUAUCGAAUGCGGGGGUGGCUACGUGAAACUAAUGAGUGGUCAGGUGGAUCAAAAGACUUUUGGUGGUGAUACCCCGUACAGUAUUAUGUUUGGACCUGAUAUUUGUGGCUCCCAAACCAAAAAAGUCCAUGCGAUUAUCUGGUACAAGGGGAAGAAUCAUCCAAUCAAGAAGACAGUGGAGUGUGAGACUGAUAAGCUCUCCCACGUUUACACGUUUAUCGUCAAACCAGAUGCCACUUACAGUAUUUUGGUAGAUAACGAAGAAAAGGAAUCUGGCAGCUUGUACAAAGAUUGGGACUUGUUGCCACCCCGGAAAAUCAAGGGCCCCACUGCCAAGAAGCCGGAAGAUUGGCAUGAUGAAUUCAUUCCAGAUCAAGUGGACAAAAAACCUGAGGAGUAUGACUCAAUAUCUAAGGAAAUCCUAGACCAAGAUGCUAAGAAGCCUGAAGAUUGGGAUGAUGAAAUUGAUGGAGAAUGGAAAGCUCCAUUGAUAUCAAACCCAGACUACGAACGGCCAUGGACCCAAAAGAAAAUUAAGAACCCUGAUUACAAAGGCAAAUGGAAGAUUCCUCUCAUCGAUAACCCAGAAUUUGAAGAGGAUCCUGACGUGUACGUUUUGCCUCCGUUGAAGUUUUUCGGCAUUGAACUAUGGCAGGUGAAGGCAGGGUCAAUUUUCGAUAAUAUUUUAGUUACAGACGAUCCUGCGUAUGCCAAGCAGUUUGCUCAGGAGACCUGGGGAAAAAUUAAGGAAGGCGAGAAGGAAUUGUUUGAAGAGAUCGAGAACAAGGAACGCCAAGAAGAGAAGAGACAAGCUGAAGCCAAUCGCGCUAGCAUGGAUCACGGGAGGCGGUUCAGAGACCGCAAUUUUGAUAAAGGUGCUGAAUACCGAAAAAGACGUGAGAGAGCGCGCUUGAAUAAACGGAGAAGGCCAACUCAUUCCGAGAUUGACGAUAGUGAUCCAACUGAAGAGAAGGACUUUCAUGACGACGAUGACGGUGAUGAUCACGAUGAACUUUGAUCCCUCUGCUGGUACACGAAUGGUUAAACGAGCAAUUAUGGAGAAGCGCUGAGCUAAACCACUGAGAUGAAGAUCCGACCUUCAGUACAAGUAGCUGUAUCGAUGCAUCCUAUUCGACGAUCGCAAUGUGAUUCUUUCCUAGCCAAACCAUAUGUCCCUGCUAAUUAGAUCACUUGACUCCUGUUGUGCGUUACACACCAACAUGCUCACAUGCUAUGAAUGCUGACGUUUCUUAUUUUGCUGGCGGAGGUAUCGCUCUUAGUACUGUUAAAUAUAAAUCUUGAACAUACUCUCUUCUGCUUUGCUUCAUUCUUACUGCAGAUUAGUUGCCUUUUUCGCCCAGAUUACAUUUGUUUUACUUCACAACAUCACUUAGAAUUUUUCUAUAGCCUAACUCAUCUGGUGAACUUACAUAAGGAUAUGUAAGGUUAAACUAUGAUGGUUUUCAGAGUAGGGCUUCUCGUCUUCAAAAGAAGACAGAAAGAAUGCUCUUGGCUGUAGUUGGAUUUUCAGCCUCGUACUCACUCCGUGCCAACAUGUUUGUUCAUGAGGUGAGUUGCUCAGGCAAAACCUCAUUAUCCUUUCCAGUGCCUUUGAAACUCACUACUAACAAUGCUGUUUGAACAGAACUCU